AUGCAAAGAGUCCAACAUCUCAGUGCUUAAGUCAAUAAUUGUACACCUGUUCCACCAAGAAGUGAUAACGACGUUGUCAUUUGCGGUGCCGUUAGAACCCCUUUGACCAAAGCCAAAAGAGGAUUAUUGAGAGACACUCCUCCUGAAAUCCUUCUUAGCACAGCCUUCACAGGUCUUUUGGAAAGAACCAAGGUUGAUCCAAAAUUGAUCCAAGACAUCGUUGUUGGUAAUGUCAAUCAACCUGGAAGUGGUGCCAUUGUAUCUAAGAUGGCUGCCUUCUUAUCUGGAUUCCCAGAUACAACUUGUUUGACAGCAAUCAAUAGAUUCUGUUCAUCAGGAAUUGAAGCAUGUGCUGUCAUUGCUGCCAAAAUUAGAUCUGGAAUGUUGGAUAUUGGUAUUGGAGCUGGAGUUGAACAAAUGACUAUGUAUGAUAUGUAAAGUCAAAUGAACGCUGAAUUACUCAGUGAUGCUAUCUUUGAUCAUCCAUGUGCAAGAGAUUGCUUAUUGGGUAUGGGAUAAACAUCUGAGAAUGUUGCAGCCCAAUUUGGAGUCACAAGAUUGUAAUAAGAUAAAUUUGCUUAUGAAUCCUAAUAAAAGGCUUACAAAGCAUAAUAAGAAGGAUUAUACAAGGAUGAAAUAAUUCCAGUCAAGACCUUCAUUAAAGAUGGAGAUAAAACUAAAGAAGUCAUUGUUACAGAAGACGAUGGAAUCAGAAAGGAAACCACUCUUGAAGGCCUUGGUAAAUUGAAGCCUGCCUUUGGAAAGGAUGGAUCAACAACAGCUGGUAACUCCUCUUAAGUUACUGAUGGUGCUGCUGCUGUUCUUUUGGCUAGAAGAUCUGUUGCCAAGAAAUUGGGAUUACCAAUCUUAGCCAGAUUUGUUGAUUACACUGUUGCUGGUGUACCACCCAAUAUCAUGGGUAUUGGACCAGCUGCUGCUAUCCCAUAAUUAUUAUAAAGAAAUGCUUUGAAACCAAAUGACAUCUGCAUCUAUGAAAUUAAUGAAGCCUUUGCCAGUUAAUCUGUUUACUCAGUUGAAAAGAUUGGAAUUGAACCAAGCAGAGUUAAUCCAAAGGGUGGUGCUAUUGCCUUGGGACAUCCAUUAGGAUGUACUGGUGCCAGAUAAGUUGCCACUUUAUUACCAGAAAUGAAGAGAAAGAAGGCUAAGUAUGGUGUCAUUUCUAUGUGUAUUGCUACUGGUAUGGGUGCUGCUGCCUUAAUUGAAAAUGAAUAAUAAUGAGUUUAUUGUACAAAAUAAAAAAGAAUAUAUUUAUAUAUAUAAA